AUGUUUCUUCGACGUGUGGCGCCGAGGGGUUCGGCUGCAGUGGCUGCUGUUCCAUUGUUGGCCAGCUCCCGCGGGUAUAACAUGUUUGUUUUCCGCGACCCAAAGCGCCGCCCGCAGCUGACGGAGGAGGAGCGCGCCAAGGUGGUCAUCAACCAGGACGAGUGGCCGGAGGAGUUCAAGGACUUUGACCCUGAUGAUCCAUACAAGAAGACUCCUGAGAUCAUCGAGGGCAUGUCGAGCUGGAACCUCUUCCUUUGGGGUGUGGAGUGCGCCUUCAUCUAUCAGUUCUACGAGCUGGUAUUCCCGAGGAGCAUUUGA